AUGAAAGAUUCUGAUAUAGAAAAUACUCCAUUAAUUCAAGAAAUUCGUGACGAAAUAUCUUCUGAUAAAAUUGAUAAAGUUGAAACUGAAGAAAAACCUAAAGAAGAAAUUAAAACUGAUAUUGGAAAAACAGACGAAAAUAAAGACAGUUCUUAUAUUGGAAAACUUCCAAUAUUUAAGAAAGAUAAACCUAAAACUGGUGAAACUACUUUAGAUGAUCAUCAUCCUCAAGGAUAUGUUGAAAACAUUCCAAAUACUGAUAGUUUAGAAACUAAAGAAGAAGAUGAAUACGAAGCAGUAGAUGAAUAUGGUUCUAUUACUCCAAUUUAUAAUGAUAAAAAUGUAAAUGGUGCAGUUGAAACUGUUGAAAAUCUUAGGUCUAAUUUAACUACUGAAGAAGAAGAUGAAGAAGAUUAUGAAGAUGAUUUUAUUUCAAUUACUCCAUUAACUGAAGAAGAAAUUAGAAUUGAAUUCCAAGAAGAGUCUGCUACAAUUAAUCCUAUUCAAGAAUCUAGUGAAUCUGAAUCUUUAAAAGAAUUUAAAAAUAAUAUUGAUGAAACUGCAAAAGAAAAAGCAGAAGCUAAAGAAGAACUUAGAAAACUUCGUGAAGAAAAUACUGCAAAAAUAUUCAAUUACAUCAUAAAGUAG